AUGGGAAACAAAAAAGCUUCCAGUCAAACGUUGAUGCGCGAGCUGCUGAGCACAAACCAGGAUGGUGUGCGUACGAACAAGGAAUUAGUUCUACUUUGGCCUGAAAAUACCGCCACUCCAACUGGUACUCAUGUUUGGCUGAAGGAUGUAUACUAUUCAGGUCAUCAUCACAUUCGAGCUCCAAAGCGAAUGUUCCAGUGGACGUCAAAGAAGACACGCAAAUCUUCCAGGGAAAUGCUGCAUCCAAGUAACGAGCAAGAUAUUAUCGACUUCUACGAGAAGAAUGUAUUUUGGACUUUCGACUUCCGGUCAGAUUUUGCCCGAUUUGCUCGCAUUCUCACGGGAAAUGCGAUAGACUGGCACCUCGGUCUGGGCGCGCAAGGAGCUGCUCACGGUAUGACAAGCUUAUGGCGCAAAGUCCUCGAUCUCACUUAUGCUCACUCAGCAAUGUUUACGGGUGCCCAGCUGAAUAAAUCACUGCAGGAUCUUUUUGAGGAUAAAGAAAUCGAGAAUCUGUGGAUUCCAUACUUCUGCAUAAGCACUGAUAUAACGACUUCCGAGCUGCGUGUGCAUCGCACUGGUCCACUGUGGGCGUACUGUAGAGCGUCGAUGUCGUUGGCCGGUUAUCUUCCUCCAAUGUGCGACCCACAAGACGGUCAUCUGCUUCUUGAUGGUGGAUAUGUCAACAAUCUUCCAGCAGAUGUGAUGAGAUCCAUGGGAGCGAAACGUGUGAUCGCAGUCGAUGUUGGUGCAUCAGAAGAGACAAAUCUCUACAACUAUGGUGAUUCGUUGAAACGGCUUACUCGAUUAGCCUAUGUGUCGUGCGUACGUCAGUUGGAGGUUGUGAAGAAAGCGCCUUACUGUAGCUAUUUCCGGCCAGCUAUCGAGCCAUUCAAAACGCUGGAAUUCAACAAAUUCGAUGAAAUCUUUUCUAUUGGCUAUGAAUACGGGAAGGGUAAGAUCGAAUCGUUGAUGGAAACCGAUGAAUUCAACUCAUUGCUGAUUGGUGCCAAUUCUCAGAAUCGACUGCAUCGACAACUUAGUAAAACGAAGCGCACACCCCUCAUGGAGCGAUCAACAUCGUUCACCGAUUUGGCAGCUGCUCUUUCGAAGAUUCCAACAGUUCGCCCUGUGUUGCGACAUUCGCUGAGUGCUUACGAUCAGGUCGACGAUGUGUUUGAUGACCUUGACUUCUUUGAUCAGUCGGAUGCUGAUAACGAAUUGUCGCAAUCAGACUUCAACGACGCUUCAGAAGCAUCGGAUGCCGAAGCGGAUUUGGUCAAUCGGUACUCGACCUGCACACCGAGACCCUAA